ACGUGCUCAUCGUGCCAGAGAUAAGAUCACGCAACUCUUAUUUGGGUGUUAAUACCACGCGACACAUCCAGAUGAUUCUGCCAAGUGGUCAAGUGUUUCACAUGCCUCAUUAUAUAUGUUGGUACUGCAUAAGCAAUUUCUGCGUGUAGAAAUAAAUUCUCCAGCAUCGCUAUGUUUGCGAUCAAGCUCAGCUUGGUGCUUUCGACGUUGCUGUCAGUGGUUUCCGGGGUAGCCUGCGUCACAUACGGAAUCAGUCCCAGGAAUGCCUCUGCCGGACUUACUAUACGCGACAAUUAAUGAUCUCCAAUCCGGUCUUGCGGCUGGCACGUUCACCAGUGUAGAUCUUGUGAAUGCAUACGUGGCUCGUAUAAACGAGGUCAAUCCGGUUUUGCAUGCGGUUAUCGAGAUCAACCCCGAUGCUCUUGCGAUAGCGGCAUCUCUAGAUGCUGAAAGAGCGGAUGGAUCCACCAGAGGAAAUUUGCACGGGAUUCCGAUAUGUGUCAAGGACAACAUCGCGACACUCGAUAAGAUGAAUAACACCGCCGGUUCGUUCGCCCUGCUCGGUGCGAUUCCACCGAGCGAUUCCACGAUUGCGGCAAAGCUCAAAGCUGCUGGGGCAAUCAUCAUCGGGAAGUGCAAUCUUUCUCAAUGGGCCAAUUAUCGUUCGUCGAAUUCAACAAAUGGAUGGACGUCUCGUGGCGGACAGACUAUGGGUGCCUAUUACCCGAUGCAGGACCCAUCUGGUUCUAGCAGCGGUCCUGGUGUCGUUUCAUCCAUUGGUUUGGUUGCUGCUGCUGUGGGGACGGAGACAUCUGGCUCUAUCAUCUCUCCUUCGAGCAGAAAUAGUUUAACUGGAAUUAAGCCUUCUGUCGGGUUAACCAGCAGAUACCUCGUUGUCCCGAUCUCGCAAACUCAGGAUACCAUUGGUCCCUUGACGCGAACAAUGAUGGAUGCAGCAUACAUCUUGUCCGUGAUUGCAGGUCAAGACUCUCACGACAACUAUACAUCUGCUAUCCCAUUCGAAACUAUUCCCGAUUAUGCAGCCGAGUGCAAUAGCAAUGGUCUAGGAGGUGCCAAGAUUGGAAUCCCGCGUAAUGCCAUAACGGUGUCUUCAACCAAUGGUCCAGAAAUUACAGCAUUUAAUGCGUCCAUCAGCGUUUUCAAGGAACUUGGUGCUACGAUAGUGGAUGAUGCUAAUUUCCCAGACCUUGCCGGAUACUUGAACUUUACCGGCUCGAGUUACACUUCGGAUCCGGUCGUCGGUGCUGACUUUGUCGCUGACAUCGCAAACUACUUCAAUGAAAUGACGACCAACCCCAACGGUAUCACUGACCUGCAACAGCUCAUCAACUAUACGGAGACCUAUGUUCCAGAGGACUACCCUGACCGUAACGUUGCAACAUGGCUCAGUGCUGCGAGUCUUAAUAUUACCAUGGGAGAUGCCGACUAUUAUACUGCGCUACUUGAACAGUAUUAUUAUGGAUCCAAUGCCACAAUCCUUGGGGCUUUAGAAAAAUAUGAUCUUGAUGCCCUGAUCAUUCCAAGCUCGAUGUCACCGGGAUAUGCAGCCAUUGCCGGGUACCCCAUCGUCACGGUCCCGCUUGGUUACUACCCCGCCACCACGAACGUGACCUAUAACUCACGCGGCACGCUGGUGUCCCUGGGACCGAACUUCCCCUUUGGUCUGUCGUUCUAUGGCAGGAGGUUCAGCGAGGCCACCUUGGUCAAGUAUGCUUGUGCUUUCGAAGCUGCUACCAACUACCGCCAAUUGCAGAACCCCUACAUUAUCCCUAAUAUUCAGCUCAUCGAUGUGAUGUAAGCAUCUAUAGUAAAUGUUUUCAGGCGACAAGAUGGUUUCUCCCAUCCCGCGAAAUUGCUGUUAUGAGCGUAUUGACGUAAG